AUGUCUGCAAAAGGCAUUGAAGAAGUUAAGCGUUUGGCCACGAAAGGACUAUCGGGGGAUGAAGAGGCCAUUAAAGAGCUGGGCCUAGGAAAAGUUCCAGAAGUUACAAUCCCAGAUUUCAAGGAGAUUGACCGUUUCACGGUUGACAAAAUUAAGAAUGUAGCAGCCAUCUCAUUUGUAGUUGGGAAGAAAGUGGGCCUUCCCUUACUAGAGGCAUCGGCCAAAAACCUGUAUGAAUUAGUCAAAUUUGUCGAGAAAGACAAACUAAAGACAAAUACGAAGCCAGAAAUGGAUCGCAGUGAUGUAGUUAGAAGAAUGAGCUACUGCUGCAAAGACAUCGCAGCAUGGUCGAGGAAAAUUGGGGAGGUGGAGGGCGGAAAAGUGCUCCACAAACUUGGAUGGUUUUCACAGAGUCUAACUCAUUUAGAGAUAGGAAACAAGGAGUCACUUCGGCUUAUUGGUCUUAAGAGAAUGCCAGCGGUAACAAUUGCGCCGAUAAAGAAAGUUCCUAACUCAAUGACACUCCAAUGCUAUUAUAAGAGGGCCCAUUUGAUUGCCUCAACGGCAGAGUAUAUGGGAAAUACCACUCUUCGAAUUGUAUCACAAUUCAUGAUGGCCAUGUGUGAUGUGAUUGCAAGAUCGCAUCACCCAGAAGAACCAGAGCUCUCGGCAGACACCGACGGCCAAGACGUUUGCGAGACACUAAACGCUGAGAUAGAAGACAUCAUGAGAUGGGUAGAGCACUUAGCGGAACUAAGAAAGAAGGAAAGGGCUGAUGAGGAAGAGGAAGAUGACAGUGACCCAGCGUAUAGUCCAGAAUUAAAGAGCUCCCAUACCCAGUAUAGGGUCCAUCUCAAGGAGGCUAAAAGGUAUACUGGUAUCCAAGAGUUAGACUGCCUGCUCACUCUACCAUCCAAGGCACCGUCAUCCAAGCUGACAUCUCCGUCAUUCUUAACUGCUCAACCUAAUCCACGUGAACACAAAACCAACGAAGAUGAAGAAAUAGAAGAGACCCAAGGAAUAGAAGAGACCCAAGAACAAGAAGAAGAAGAAGAAGAAGAAGAAUGGCAUCCAGAGGGAGAGGUGGAGGAGAGUGACGAAGAUUCUGAAGAUGCUCCAACCAUAAAGAUCAGGAAGGAGGAGUAUUACUCAGCGACAAAAUUUACGAGUUACCGCCACCAAUGGCUCUCUGGUUUCUUUAAGUACCUGAAGAGCCCAUCAGCGGGCUACAAAAAGCUUGAGAAUAGACUCCAGCACGUGGGCCAGGUGGAGAAGCUCUUGGAAACGCUGGACCCUAACGGUAAGGACAUCACCAUCCUAGGGGAGGAAUUUGGAGAUAUCGUAUGGAACAAAUGGGUCAGCCCACACCUUUCUGAGGGAACGAAGGCACCAGGUACGUUGGCCUCCUAUUUGACCAGUCUGGAAAAGUUUUUCGUUUUCGUCACGUCCGAGAAGUACAAAAGAAAGGAAAUGCCGCCGCUGCAUGGCAACGAUUUUGACGUGUUUAAGGGGACCAUCAACGCCCUGAAAGGCUGGCGUGCAACUAUCGAUAACGAAACCCAGGAUGUUCAGCACCGGACCCAUCUCAGAGAGUGCGAUACUCUCUUGACGGAAACAGACAUCAACCUUCUCCCUCAAUCAAAACCCUACAUAGAUGGUAUGAAGGCCAUAACUCAGGCCAAGGCAGGAAAAAGGCUCUCCAUACAACAAUUUACAAAUGCUCGCGAUUUUCUUCUGGUAAAACUCGCGCUACUUGUGGCAUCUCGACCUGCCCCGCUAGAGAAUGCUCUUCUUGAAGACUACCAAAAAGCGCAGGAGAAGGACGGAAACAGGGUCAUGUUAAUCCCGAAGCAUUAA